AUGGAAAAUAUUGAUCAAGUUUACUAAGAAAUAGAGAAAUCUUUAUGCAAUUAAUCAAUUGACUAAAAUCUACUUAAAAAUUUAGAAUUGAAAAUUUAAGAAUUUAAAAGAAAAGUUAAUCCUCCUCAAUAAUAAGAAAAUGGAUUAGGGGAGAGCUUACUUAAAAAAAAUAGCUCAGUAGAUGCAACAGGGGAGAAGCUUCAUGAAAUUUCACUUAAUGACGAAGAUUAGGUUUAGGAUAAUCAUCAUUAAGAACAAUAACAAUAAUAAUAGUAGCAGUGUGAGCAGCAGUAGGAUAUAUAAAAACAAAUAACUUGGCUUGUUGAUAAAUAAAUUUAGAAAAUUAUUAAUCUUACAAGCAAUGAUUCAGGUAAAUUCUCUAAGUCUUACAUGAGUGGAAGGAUUUUGCUUAUAUGUUUUGAAAAUGAUUUAAUUUAAAUUGAGCAAAUAGAAAAUAUCAGACUUUUGGUCAAUUUGGUAAAUUCGCUAUGUAACAUUAUUGACAAAUUGAAUGGAUUGGAGCUUUGCUUCUAGCUAGGAGCAAUUAUUAACAAUAUGUUAAAUUAUUUAUUGAAAUUGCCAGAUUUAAGUAUUUAAUACAAAGAUUACAUGAAUUCAAUGAAGUAGAAUCCUAUCAUAAGUGGUUCCAGAGUUGCUUUGAAUUUUAUUUAAUAUGAGAAAAAAAUCAGCUAAAUGGCAUAAUCUGAUGAUUUUUAAUAAAAAAAGCAAGCUGUUAAUUUGAUUUUUGAUCUUUUCAGCGAAUGUAUUAGCUAUUCUGAAUAAAUGACUCUUUUUUCUUACUCAAUUACAAAUAUUCUCAAAGAUAUAGUUAGAAUUCCAGUUAAACUAAAUGACUAAGAAGAAUAAGCAAAAACCUUAAUGGUCCUUUUGGCUAAAUUUGUACUCACUUUACUUGUUAUUCCUGAAAAUUAAAUAGAAUUCGAUCCAAUUAUUUUGCAGCAAAAGAUUUAAAUGCCUGGAGAAAGCAAGGAAGGUCUUAAUAUGCCAUUAGAAUAUUUCUUUUAUUCAAAGGACAACUACCCUCAAAUUAUUUAAAAAUAGGGAACUUAAACUGAUAGGCAAUAAGGAAAUGUUAUAAACUAUUAAAUUAGAGGCAUAAAAGAAAUAUUAGCAAAAAGUGAACAUAUAUAUGGAAAUAUAGCAUUAAUUGUCAAUAGUUUAUUGCUUUUCCCAAACGAACCUGAAAUUAUGAGAUAUUGCCUCAGCAUUUUAAGGAAUUUAUACAAGCAAUUUUUAACUUUUCGUAAACAAUUAGAGACUCCUAUUAUGACAGUAUUGCAAAAUAUUAGCAAUUUAAAAGACUAAGAGUGUAUUUAAUAUGCAGCAAAUUUCUUACACGAACUAAUUAAUACUCCUUCAUUAUAAGAUGAGCAAUUUAUUGAUUAAUUAAUUCAAAAUGAAAAAAUAAGUUAGCUUCAAGCCUCUCCUUUUUUCGACUCUAAAUAUGUAUCUUCUACUCUUUUUAACAAAUAAAUUUUCAAAUUUGAAGAUCUUGUUAUCCAUAAAACUUUUGCAACAUAAUAAACCAUAGAAGCAGAAAAAAGUUUUAGUUAUCAUCUUGAAAUUAAAAAACCUUACAGCAUAGUGUAUGUAGGAUUUGCAACAUAAACAAAUGACAUUAAGGUCACUUUUUAGAAGUUAGAAGAUUUUGGAAACACAUGUGAAAAGAGGGAAAAUUAAAAUGUAAUACGUACUUUUCUAAGCUAAAGAAUUAACUGUGAGCAAGAUCCAUACAGAUUAGUGCUAUUAGCUGAAAGCAAAGGUAUAUACAAAAUUGAGUUUGAUAACACAUACAGCUGGUAUAAUUCAAAAUUAUUACGUUUUCGUUGUUUGAUCCUUGAGCCUGAAAUAUCUGACAGCUAAAUACUCCGUAAAAAGUUGCUAUUUAAUUUGCUUAAAUUCGACUAAAUGGAUUUAAAUCUUUACAAAAAGUUCGAUGGAAAUUGGUGUCAACUUUAUUUAUUAAAUCACUCAAUAGAUAUUUAAAUAGACACUUUUGACAAACAAAGCUUGAAAAAAGCUAUUACUUCAGUUAAUUUUGAUGAAUUAAACUAAGUUGUAGAAAAUAAAUUUCAAUAAUUUUCCUAAUAAGACUACUUUAGUAUUUUAAUUAUUUAUGAAUAGUCUGCAUGGACUGAAUUAUUAAAUUCAUAUGCUUGGUAAUUAGUUAGCGAAGGAUAUCAUACCCAAAAAGAAAUAGAUGAAAAAAGGAUGGAAAAGUCAUUCUAGCUUUAUCUAAUAUAGAGGUUUUUAUAAGAACAUCUCACAUUUUUAUACCAAUUCAAGAGUCUCUCAUUGUAAGUUAUUGAAGAUACAAAUUACUUUUGGGUAAAAAAUGGAUAGAAUUAUUUAUCAGAUCCAAGCAUUGAUCUCACAAAUAUAUCAAAAUAAUAAUAAUAAUAACCAUAAGGAUAAUUAUCUAAUUAACAGGAUAAUAUCUUGAUUUCAAAAAGCAAUCCUACUUCUAAAACUUUUUAAUUAAAGAUAUAUCAUAAUAAUGCACUUCAUUUGAUUUAGUUAGAAGAACUUGAUGAUGAUAUUUUCGAAUAAUAUGAGUUACUUUUAAAGCUCAGUGAUUCUGAAGAGUAUUUUUCUAUUUACUGUGAAUUUAUGAAGAGAUUCCUUGUCAGACAUUAAAAUCUCAGCAUCAACAAAUUAAUUAUUUAUGUAGACCCAUCAAAUAUGUUUUGGACUGAAAUUUAAAUGAAGUUAUUGAAAAAUUUCUUUGAGACUUAAAUGCCUGAAGGCUUCAAAAUUCCUACUCUUAUAAAAUCCUCUUUAUGA